GGUUUCCACACUAUUUAAACCACGCAGUCAGUGCACAGCAUGCAGCAGGAGCUACCUGCAAAAACUUCGUUUUGUAAAUCCCUACCUGCUUCUGAAGUGCGCGAGAGAAAAUCACUGCACAGCGACGUCGCAGAUCAUCCAGCACCGAAGAACGAUACCCUGCAUCUCGCUCUGGCAUGGGUUCCCUGUUCCGGAGCGAGGAGAUGUGCCUGGCGCAGCUGUUCCUGCAGAGCGAGGCUGCCUACAGCUGCGUGAGCGAGCUGGGCGAGCUUGGCCUCGUGCAGUUCCGAGACCUGAAUGCUGGCGUCAAUCUCUUCCAGAGGAAGUACGUGAACGAUGUACGGCGAUGCGAGGAGAUGGAGAGAAUCUUGCGGUUCUUGGAGAAGGAAAUUUCUAAGUCUAACAUGACCGUGAAGAUACAACACAGCAAUCAGGAGGCUCCACUGCCACGGGAGAUGAUAGAUCUGGAGUCUCUUCUCGAGAGGCUGGAGAUGGAGCUAAAGGAGGUGAACUCAAACCAGGAGAUGCUGAAGUUGAACUUCCUGGAACUCACAGAGCUACAACAACUUCUGGACAAGAUAAACGACUUCUUCCAGGCUGCUGAUUUCAGCAUGUUUGAGACCGGAGUGACAGAUGAGAUGCAGAGACUUAUGGAUGCGCCAUCAGCCGCAGGACAACUGGGCAACAUUCUCAAGCUUGGCUUCCUCACGGGUGUGGUCAUGCGUGAUCGAGUGUCGGCCUUCGAGCGGCUGUUGUGGCGCUUCUGCCACGGCAACGUGUUGUUCCGGCACUCUGAGAUCGAGGCGCCGCUAGAGGACCCCGUCACGGGAGAGCAAAUAUACAAGAACAUGUUCAUUGUGUUUUUCCAAGGAGACCAGCUGAAGAGCAAAGUAAACAAAAUUUGUGAUGGGUUCCGAGCCACCAUCUAUCCGUGCCCGGAUUCAAUUCAGGAGCGCACGGACAUGGUGGCGAAUGUCAACACACGCAUUGAGGACUUAAAGUCGGUGCUGGGCCAGACGGAGAUGCACAGGCAGCAAGCCUUGGCCUCAGCUGCUGAGACUCUGUAUGAGUGGAGAACCAAAGUGCAGAAGAUGAAGGCUAUCUACCACACGCUCAACAUGUGCAACAUUGAUGUCACUCAGAAGUGUCACAUUGCUGAAAUUUGGUGUCCUGUCCUGGACCUCCAGACCAUCCAGGCCGCCCUCGUUUCUGGCACGGAGAAGAGCGGGGCCGUGAUGCCCCCCAUCCUGAACCGCAUGACCACCAAGCAGCUUCCACCCACCUUCAAUCGCACCAACAAGUUCACCUCAGGCUUUCAGAACAUCGUGGAUGCGUAUGGCGUGAGCAAAUACCUCGAGAUGAACCCUGCUCCCUACACUAUCAUCACCUUCCCCUUCCUGUUCGCUGUGAUGUUCGGCGAUUUCGGGCAUGGGUUGAUCAUGUUCCUAGCAGCGUUAUUCAUGGUGAUCUACGAGAAGAGCCUCACUGAGACCAAGUCAGACAAUGAGAUCUGGAAUACAUUUUUCGGUGGCCGCUACAUCAUCCUGCUGAUGGGAGCCUUCUCCAUGUACACGGGCCUCAUCUACAAUGACUGCUUCUCCAAGGCCUUCGACAUAUUCGGCUCCAGCUGGAGUGUCAAUGCCAUGUUCCAUCCCACAGGACCAUGGGGAAAUCAUACUCUACACCAUUCCAGCGUGCUUCAGCUGGAUCCUGCUAUCCCUGGAGUUUAUUCUGGCCAGCCGUAUCCCUUUGGCCUUGACCCCAUAUGGAAUGUGGCUGUGAACAAGCUGACUUUUUUAAACUCGUACAAGAUGAAGAUGUCCGUCAUCCUGGGUAUUAUCCAGAUGACGUUUGGAGUGGUACUGGGGCUUUUCAACCAUACUUUCUUCCAUCAGCCAGAGAACGUUGUACUGCAAUUCAUCCCAGAAAUGAUCUUCAUGCUGGCGCUCUUCGGCUACCUAUUGAUCAUGAUCGUGUACAAGUGGUGCGUGUUUGGUGCAGCCAACUCCCAGGCAGCACCAAGCAUCCUCAUCCACUUUAUCAACAUGUUCCUCUUCAGCUACGGGGAGGAUUCGCCCCCAUUUCUCUACAACAGCCAGCAAGAAGUUCAGACUUUCCUCGUGGUUUUGGCUGUGAUAACCGUGCCCUGGAUGCUCCUUAUCAAGCCCUUUGUGUUGAGAGCCAAGCAUCGCAAGUCAAAUCGUCACGUAAGGGAUGUUUCAUAUAGGACUGUAGCAAAUGGAGAUGAAGUGGAGGUGCAAAUGCUCCCUACAAAGAACACUGAACAUGACGACGGAGAGAACGGGGAGCAUGAAAGAGAUGGGGGGCAUGGGCAUGGGCAUGAUGAGGAGUUCAACUUUGCUGAUGAGUUUGUGCACCAAGCAAUCCACACCAUCGAGUACUGCCUGGGCUGCAUCUCCAACACAGCUUCUUACUUGCGUCUCUGGGCCCUCAGCCUGGCACAUGCAGAGCUUUCAGAAGUUCUCUGGCACAUGGUGUUGCACAUUGGGCUGCACAAAAACAGCUUUAAAGGCUGCGUGGGGAUAUUCCUCAUCUUCGCAGCCUUCGCUGUGCUCACAAUUGCCAUCCUGCUCGUAAUGGAGGGUCUCUCUGCCUUCUUGCAUGCACUUCGUCUGCACUGGGUUGAGUUCCAGAACAAGUUCUACCAAGGAUCGGGCUACAAAUUUGCACCAUUUUCCUUUAAGACCAUUCUAGAGGGACUAACAGAGGACUAGAACAAUCCUAUGUAAUUAUUUUUCAACGGUUGCAUUCCUUGGUUAUAAUUACAACAAAACAUCUAAACCUAAACACCAUAAUGCAAUCUGUCAGUGAUAAAAGAAACAGAUAUUUAAAAUUACAAAACACAGUAGCCAUACUUUUGCAUCCUGGGUUGUAACAUGACCAAUAAAAUUAUAUAUCAUUCUUAGCUUCGUCCUCUGUUUUAAUGCAGUGUGAUCACUACAUAUUACAUAACAAGAACAUGUUGUUUGCCAGCAGUACAUACAGAAGUAUUGUAUAUACAUAAGCACUGUUUAUGGAUUUAUAACUAUUGUGCUAAUUGAAAAUUACUGGUUGGUUCCAUUGCAUUAAAGUGACAGUCUUGAUUC